AUGCCCGUCAUUGAGAUCACCAGCAAAGCUGACUUCAUGGACAAAAUUCUCGGCUCGGAGGAGCCUGUCAUUCUCGACUGCUACGCUGAAUGGUGCGGGCCCUGCAAGGUUAUCGCGCCCAAGAUCGAGGAGUGGAGCAAUGUCUAUUCCAAGGUCAAGUUCUACAAGGUGGAUGUUGACAAGCUCGAUGAUGUUGCACAGGAGCUUGGUGUGAGGGCGAUGCCGACUUUCGUUCUCUUUAAGGGUGGACAGAAGGUUACUGAGGUUGUUGGGGCUCGUUUACCCGCAAUCGAGCAGGGGAUCAAGUCUCUUCUGGAGGAGUGA